GAUUACUGAUGAACCAACCCUUACUUUGAAGUAGACUAUGGGGCAAAGGAACGAACUGUUUCGUUAAACGGGACUAGUGCAGGCUGCAAACGAUAACAAUUUCUGAUUUCAAACUCAGUAUCCGUAAUCAGGUGACACACAGACAUGCAUUCACCUUGUUUACGGAGGAAAGUGCUUGAACCUGUCAGAUAUCCUCUUCUGGCACACAAAGAGACGAGCUGACGUGCUAACCUAGCACACUUUUGCAUAACAAUAUAGGCAAAAGGCUACGCGUUGACACUGACACACAUCUGCCGCUGCGUGUGUUCUCACACUUUUACUUCGUCCAAUGAUUAAUUUGCUCAAGAUUAUCUUCAAAAGUUAACUUGUCUGUUAGAAGCGAUAUCGGACGCUACACUCCUAGUUCUGGGUGCUGUAGCCUAUGUGCAGCUGAAUACAUAACGCCUUUACACUCGCGCAAACUCAGUAGAGGCACGUUUCGCACAUGCUUUUGACCUUUUUAUGCCACACUUCAUUGUCACUGUAAAUCCAAAACUAAUUUGAUUUAAAAAAUAAUGUACAUAAUUCAUGCACGUACCCAACCAAUUUACAUUGGACGAUUUUUUUUAGUUAUUGCGUUUUAGAUUAUGUAAUCUAAAACCCCAGGACGUAUCAUAGCCUACUAAACCGUAUUUUAUAAUUAAUCAUUCAUUUGAGGCGGUUGUAGAAAACCCGCACCGACCUGGCGGACGGCGCAACCACGUUCUGAUCUCAGGGCAACAAAACCACGUGACCCUCUACUGUCGCGACCGUAGACGACGGUCAGCACCAAUUACAUAAUCAAUGUUGUGCCAUCUGCAACAUGCCAGCGGUGUUUAGCAUCGGUCGAUAUCUGUACGAGUGACUGGUGCGUAAUUUCUGCUGUGUAGUGACAGUCGACGUCGGACAUCGAUGGGGAGCCAAUCCAAAAGCUGUCGUUGCAUCGCCCAGGCACGAAUCAAUCGAUCCGCAGCAGCAACAACAACAACGCUUCAUUGAAUCGAAUAGGCGCCGAUCACUAUGGCUCUUGGAUGUGUUUAUCACUGUGGCAUCGUGAGCAUCGGGUUUUAACCACAUGGCAUCGGUAGCUCGAGGGUUCUGGUGUUCCUUGGUGUACCACCCUCAUUUUAAAUUAAAUGGGGGAGAGGACAAGAUGAGAACGACGGCGACGGCGGAGGAAGGGCGUUCGCUGACGUUCAUGUCUGCCAGACGGUGCUCCGGUGUGUCUAGCCCAGGCGGGGGAGCCGUGUCCCCCGGCCCCGUGUCGGUCGGGGGGACGCCGGGGUUCGGACACCGGGAGCUGUUCGAAGCUUGUCGGAACGGCGACCUGGAGCGCGUGAGGAAACUAGUCACGCAGGAGAACGUAAACAGUCGCGACACCGCCGGGAGGAAAUCCACGCCGCUGCAUUUCGCCGCAGGGUUUGGCCGCAGGGAGGUGGUCCACUUCCUGCUCCUGACCGGAGCUGACGUCCACGCCAGGGACGACGGCGGCCUCAUCUCCCUCCACAACGCCUGCUCCUUCGGGCAUGCAGAAGUGGUGACUCUGUUGCUCCACCACGGGGCGGACGCAAACUCCAGAGACAACUGGAGCUACACUCCUCUCCAUGAAGCCGCCAUCAAGGGGAAGAUAGACGUCUGCAUUGUUCUGCUGCAGCAUGGGGCUGAGCCGGCCGUCAGGAACACCGAUGGCAGAACCGCUCUGGAUCUGGCAGAACCGUCAGCUAAAGCAGUGCUGACCGGAGAUUACAGGAAAGACGAGCUUCUGGAAUGUGCAAGGAGCGGUCAAGAGGAGAAGCUGAUGGCACUCCUGACCCCUCUCAACGUCAACUGCCACGCCAGCGACGGGAGGAAGUCGACACCAUUGCACCUGGCCGCGGGCUACAAUCGUGUUAAAACCGUCCAACUGCUGCUGCAACACGGAGCGGACGUCCACGCUAAGGACAAGGGAGAUCUGGUCCCACUGCACAACGCCUGCUCCUAUGGACACUACGAGGUCACCAAGCUCCUGGUCAAGCACGGGGCGUGUGUGAACGCCAUGGACCUGUGGCAGUUCACCCCUCUUCAUGAGGCCGCCUCUAAGAACCGUGUGGAGGUGUGUUCUCUGUUGCUGAGCUACGGAGCGGACCCCACAUUCUUGAACUGUCACAAUAAAAGCUCAGUCGAGCUGGCUCCCACCACACAGCUCAAGGAACAGCUGGCAUACGAGUUCAAAGGUCACCUGCUGCUGCGGGCGUCCAGGGAGGCGGACCUGACCCGCGUGAAGAAACACCUGACCGGGGAGACCGUCGCCUUCAGACACCCCUUCACCCAGGAGACGGCGCUGCAUUGCGCGUCGGUGGCCCCCUACCCUAAGAGGAGACAAGUGUGCGAGCUUCUCCUUAGGAAAGGAGCCGACGUCAACGAGAAGACCAAAGACAUGCUGACCCCUCUCCACUUGGCCUCUGAGAAGUCCCACAAUGACGUCAUCGAGCUGCUGGUCAAACACGAGGCCAAGGUGAAUGCGGUGGACUGCCUGGGCCAGACGGCGCUGCACCGAGCCGCCCAGUGCGGCCACCUCCAGACCUGCAGGCUGCUGCUGGGCUCCGGGGGCGACCCCCGGCUGCCCUCCCUGCAGGGCCUGGCCCCCGUUCAGCUGGCCCACCAUGCUGUCAGGGAGCUCCUGCAAGAAGGAGCUCUGAUGGGGAACUCUGACUCCGACCGGCAGCUUCUAGAAGCCUCCAAAUCAGGAGAUGUAGAAACUGUCAAGAGGCUGUGUACUCUGCAGAAUGUGAACUGUCGGGACGUGGAGGGGAGACAGUCCACUCCACUGCACUUUGCCGCGGGCUACAACCGGCUGGCCGUGGUGGAGCUGCUGCUGCAGCACGGAGCCGACGUCCACGCCAAGGACAAGGGAGGCCUGGCCCCCCUGCACAACGCCUGCUCCUACGGCCACCUGGAGGUGGCCCAGCGGCUGGUGCGCCGCGGCGCCGCGGUGGACUCCCCCGACCUCUGGAGGUUCACGCCCCUCCACGAGGCCACCGCCAAGGGGAAGUACGACAUCUGCAAGCUGCUGCUGCAGCACGGAGCGGACCCCAGCAGGAAGAACCGCGACGGGAACAGCCCCCUGGACCUGGUGCGGGAGGGGGACACGGACAUCCAGGACCUGCUGCGGGGGGACGCAGCGCUGCUGGACGCCGCCAAGAAGGGCUGUCUUGGGAGGGUCCGCCGGAUCUGCAGCCCCGCCAACGUCAACUGUAGGGACGCCCAGGGGAGGCACUCCACCCCGCUGCACCUCGCUGCUGGCUACAACAACAUGGAGGUGGCGGAGUUUCUGCUGCAGCAGGGGGCAGAGGUGAACGCUCAGGACCGAGGGGGGCUCAUCCCCCUGCACAACGCUGCCUCCUAUGGGCACGUGGACGUGGCGGCGCUGCUGAUCAAGUACGACGCCUGCGUCAACGCCACGGACAGGUGGUGCUUCACGCCGCUGCACGAGGCUGCCCAGAAGGGGCGCACGCAGCUCUGCGCCCUCCUAUUGGUCCACGGCGCAGACCCCGCCCUCCGCAACCAGGAAGGUCACUCCCCGUUGGACCUCGUCCAGGUGGAUGAUGUGCGGGCUCUGCUCACUGCAGCCAUGCCCCCCUCCUCGGCCCCGGGGGGCUUCAAACACGAGCUCAUCAGCCUCCCCGCCCCCAUGCCUUCCCCAACCGCCACCCCCGCCCCGGUUGGACCUCCUGUCGCCGUGGUUCCCUCUCUCCCCUCCUCCAUCACCACCACCAUCACCACCCCCGGCAUCGCCUCCGCCUCCAUCUCCUGCCCCACUCCUCUGCUUCCCCUACCGUCCACCUCCUCCUCCGACACCCCAGGGGGCGCACACGGGCCAGAUGCUCCCAUGGCCGCCAGCGUUGUCACGGCAACGGCCUCGCCGGCGGCCGGGUCAGUGGCCUCCUCGUUCCCAGAGAUGACGUCGCUGCUGCUGGGGGAGGAGGGGGGCGCGCUGGGCCCUGAGAAGAGAGAGGCAGGAGACAUCAGUAUCGGUCAGUUCCUCCACAACCUUGGUCUGGAGCACUUGCUGGACAUCUUUGACAGAGAGCAGAUCAGCGUGGACGUGCUGGUGGAGAUGGGUCACAGGGAGCUGAAAGAGAUCGGGAUCAACGCCUACGGACACAGACACAAGAUCAUCAAAGGAGUGGAGAGGAUCGUGAGCGGCCCACAGAGUCUUAACCCCUACCUGACGCUGAACACGGCCAACAGCGGGACAGUCCUGAUCGAUCUGGCAUCAGAUGACGAGGAGUUCCAGUCUGUGGAGGCGGAGAUGCAGAGCACAGUCAGGGAGCACAGAGACGGAGGACAUGCUGGAGGGCUCUUCCAGAGAUACACCAUCGUCAAAAUCCAGAAGGUUUGCAACAAGAAGCUGUGGGAGCGAUUCACCCACCGCAGGAAGGAGGUGUCGGAGGAAAACCACAACCACUCCAACGAACGCAUGCUCUUCCACGGUUCUCCGUUUGUCAACGCCAUCAUCCACAAGGGCUUUGACGAGCGCCACGCCUACAUCGGGGGCAUGUUCGGCGCCGGGAUCUACUUCGCAGAGAACUCGUCCAAGAGCAACCAGUAUGUGUACGGUAUUGGAGGCGGAACGGGCUGCCCCCUGCAUAAAGACAGGUCCUGCUACAUCUGCCAAAGGCAUCUGUUGUUCUGCAGGGUGACUCUGGGAAAGUCCUUCCUCCAGUUCAGUGCCAUGAAAAUGGCCCACUCUCCGCCAGGACAUCAUUCUGUUACGGGGCGUCCCAGCGUAAACGGCCUGGCUUUGGCGGAGUACGUCAUCUACAGAGGCGAGCAGGCCUACCCCGAGUACCUGAUCACAUAUCAGAUCACGAAACCCGACACACCUGCAGACGGAUGACGGACGAGACCAAACAGGAAGUAGGAAGAGAACGGGAGGCGGGAGGACAGGAAAGGGAAGUAAAGAAGAACAACGCGGAACCGCGGCUUCACUAACUGCAUGCGUACAAACAUGAAACCUUUAUUUAUACAAUGUAUAAAACAUUUGAGGUUUGUUACCAAUGGGCGAUGUGAAAUCCGUAUCUUUAUAAUGUCUACUUGUUUCUAUCUACUUAUUUAUAUUUAUAUUUAUUUAUCGCGUGAGUGGCUAAUGGGUGUUUAAUGGAUGCUCACAGCAGGCUGGGUUAUUUUCAGCAGCUCCACGGGUUGACUUGUGCUGAGACACAAAAAGGGCUGUGUUGUGAAAGCACUGUGCUACUGCUGUCCUGUGUGGUUUACUUAAUCAAGUGUACAUAGUUAUUGUACGUAACUCGUGAACGCAAGACAUUCCAACGACGUGUUUUGAUUUGACGUUAUCGCGUUGUUUCUGUUGUGGUUUCUAUCACGUGUAUUUUUUUUUAUAACGAUAAAUACUUGGGGGGGGAAAAAGGACAAAUUCUCUUUAAGAGGACUAGUUGCUCAGUUUGACCAACGAUUGCAUAAAAAUAAUGGUUUCUAGAGAAUUCUCGGCUUUUGUUCCUUAUUUAUUGAACUAUCCUUUCUUUGUACUUGCAUGGUGCUCUCUCAGUAUUUGUAAGGAGAAUGUGUCCAUCAGAUAAUUGUUUUUGUACAACGUUGGUGACUUGGUAAAGCCGAUGGCUGUUUACAUGAUUUGCCUGAGCAAGACAUUAUUAGUAAUAGGAUGCCGCUCCGAUAGCCUCUUGACGUAGCAGGAUAGCCUACGCCUAUUAAUAUAAUUGAUAAGCGUAUUACUUAUAUGCUCUGCCUCCAGCCUCAGUUUGCUCUCUGCCCAACAUUAAGGUCCAAUUAAAAUCCUUGCUGGUGAAGCACCCAUAUUUAUUUGCCGGUAAGAUGUUUUUAAAUGAGUGCUGUAUGUAUCUAUCUAUCUACAUGUAUAUAGAUAUACAAUGCAAAAUGAAAAGGAAUGUAGCAUCAUUAAACUACUCUGAUUGGGUUUGAGACGGGUCUGGUGCUGUGGUGUGUCGGUUGAAAUGACUACUCCAAUGCAUGGUACAGUGUGUGUUUGGUUUGCAGUGCAUUGUGGUAUAUUGUGUUGUUUCAGUGGCGCCUAAAGGGGCCUGGAAGGGUCUAAAGGUGGUCUAACUUUGUUUUGAUAUGAUCAAUACGGUGUCAAAGACGGGGUUGCCAGAUCUAACAAGAAAGCUAUGCCACACCUCAAAAUAUGCUCAAACUACAGGUCAUGUGUGUGCCUUAUUCUGUGUCCUGAUUUAAAUGUUCGAGAAUAAGCAGUUUCUGUAAACGUAACUAAUUCAAACUAAAUGAAGUCUAAUAUGAGUUAAUGGGAAAGGACCAUACUGUCAGGUUCUAAGAUCGAGCACUAACCCUUAAGGAUAAUGCUUGAUUUUGUUUUUCGAGAGAUGUGUAUUCUGUUUCUUGUCAAAUCUGGCAACACUACCUUUAGUGAAGGCAAACUACGAAUCAGAAUAUGGCUGGAGUCCAACCCUUGUUGAACCUCUGCUGUGCAGAUCAGCAGGAAACUCUUGGUUGGAUUAACUUGAGGUAUAUUCAAUGUUAAUAAUUUAACUAUGUUACAAAACGGAAAGUUACAUGGAAGGGAUUGUAUUUAUGUGUAAUUGAAUAAGAUCAACAUAUUUGAGAUAUUUUCUUUUAUUAUUUCAUAUUUCAUAACCUAUUCCCUCAGACUUCAGGUCAGAAGACAAUCCCAGGACUACGAAGGUAGCCCAUGUGUAAUUUAAAGCAGAGUGUAUGCACAUGUACCACUUCUAUUCAGCUAACAACAUACCCAUUAUAUUUGGUGAUGCACCAGAGUUUAAAGGACCAAAUCUAUGAAUGAAUAUAAAUGCAAUGUACCUGAAUUGUACAGGGCUGUUGUCAUUUGAAAUAAACACAUGUCUCUGUAUCUCCUACAGAUGGUUGUUUUCCGACUCUUGUUCUUGCGUUUUCCGAGUCUGCUCGGAUAACGAUGGUUAUCGAUGCUGGUUAUACUUCAGCAUCCAC